AUGGAUAACAACGGUAAUCUCCAAACGCCUUUUUUUUCUCGGCCCGACUUUCUCUACAACUAUAACUACGACCACUUUCAAGGUUUCAAUUACACGAAGGCGGUGAUUCCACCAAUCGACCACAAAAACAACAAAGGCACGAAUAUUAUUUACGGUCAUCAGGACCCGAAGAAGAAGCGGUUGAGCACCGAGCAGCUGGAUUCGCUCGAGAACAGCUUUCAAGAGGAGAACAAGCUCGAUCCCGACCGAAAAAUGAGGCUGGCCAAGGAGCUCGGGCUUCAGCCACGUCAGAUCGCGGUCUGGUUCCAAAACCGGCGGGCCCGCUGGAAGGGAAAGCAGCUCGAGCGCUUGUACGACGUGCUUAAGCAGGAGUACGAUGCGGUUUCUAGGGAAAAGCACAAGCUCGAACAGGAGGUUAUGUCCCUAAGGGCAAUACUCAAAGACCAAGUACUGGCGAAGAAACAAGUUUCGACCAACUACACGGAGGUUUCCGAGACAGCCGAGAGCACAUCAAUCCCGAGCUCCGUGAAGCUGUGUGGGCACCACAAAGUCAACGAGGUCGGAGAAUGUAGCUAUGUUCUUAACAUCGACGACUACAAUCCGGCCAUGAUGGCUCCAUACAAUUGGGCUGCCCUACCUUAA